AUGAGCGCCAAGCGAGGAAAUACCGUGGUUUCUGCAACUUCGGUUCGAUCCAAGACGGACGUAAUCGACACCCCAGCUUUAUCCCUUUCGACAAAGUACAAAGAUGGCGCAUCAGACGAGUUCGAAUUUGGUGGCUCGCUUGGAACCCUGGCUCUCAUGAUCGGGUUUCCUCUGGUGAUGUGGUAUAUGUGGAUUGGUGCGACGUACUACGAUGGCCAGAUUCCUCUGCCAGAGCCCAACCAGUCCUGGCCCGAGUUUGGCCAUCACCUUGCCCGGCUGGUCUACGAGGGCGCCUACCCGACAGCCAAGGCUUGGGGUGUCUACUGGGUUUUCUUCGUCGGAGAGGCCCUCAUGUACUGCUAUAUGCCUGGUGUAUCCAGCUACGGACGCCCCCUUCGACACGAGGGCGGCAGGAGACUGCCCUACUAUUGUUCGGCCUACGCCAGUUUCUAUGCCACGCUCGCGAUCGCCGCCCUUCUUCACGUCACCCGGGUGUUCCCUCUCUACACUCUGAUCGACGAGUUCGGGUCUUUCAUGACGGUGGCCAUUCUGUCCGGCUUUAUCAACAGUUUCAUCGUCUACUUCCAGGCCCUUGCCCGUGGACGCACUCAUAGGCUCACCGGUUUCCCGAUCUACGACUUCUUCAUGGGCGCCGAACUCAACCCGCGCGUUGGCAUCUUGGACUUCAAGAUGUUUUACGAGGUGCGGAUUCCGUGGUUUAUACUCUUUCUCAUCACAUGUUCGGUCGCAGCCCGACAGUACGAAAGGUAUGGGUACGUCUCCGGCGAGGUGAUGUUUUUGGCCGCCGCGCAUUUUCUCUACGCCAACGCUUGCGCGAAAGCAGAGCAGAUGAUCAUCACGAGCUGGGACAUGUACUUUGAGAAGCUCGGGUUCCUUCUCACCUUCUGGAACAUGGCCGGAGUGCCCUUCACCUACUGCCACUGCGCUUUGUAUCUCGCCAACCACGAUCCCUCCGAGUACCACCGGAGCCCCUAUGCACUGGCAGCACUGACCGCUGCGUACCUCUUCUUCUACUGGAUGUGGGACAGCGCCAACGGCCAAAAGAACGCGUUCCGACACCAGGAAAGGGGCCAGCUGAUCAAGCGCAACACGUUUCCUCAAGUACCUUGGCAAGCGAUUGAGGAUCCAAAGGUUAUUGAAACCGACACGGGAGACCGCAUCAUGGUGGAUGGUUGGUUCGCAAUCGUCCGAAAACCGAACUAUGUUCCUGACAUGUUCUUCUCCUUCUCGUGGGGCUUGAUCACCGGUUUCAAGAGCCCCUUUCCCUGGUUUUACUUUGUGUUCUUCAUGGUGAUGAUCAUUCACCGUACCGACAGAGACAUCAGCAGAUGCCGAAGAAAGUACGGCGAAGCCUGGAAACGGUACGAGAGAGAGGUCCCAUACCUUUUUAUUCCUUACAUCAUAUAA